CUGUGUCCACUACUCCUGCGAAGCCACCGACUGCCAAAAGCUGGAGAUCGAGAACGCGCUGCUGAACUGCACCAGUGGCGGGUGGUACAACGGUGCCCAGUGCAACGUGAGCUGCAAGACGGGCUACGUUUUGCAAGUCCAGCGAGACGAUGAUCUCAGCAAGGGACAGAUGGAGUCCAGCAUCACCAUGACUUGCGUGGAUGGGAAGUGGAACAAGCAGGUGACCUGCGAGCCCGUGGACUGCGGUGUCCCAGACCAGUACCAUGUCUACCCAGCCACCUUCAACUGCAGCGAGGGGACCACCUUCGGCAAGAAAUGCUCCUUCACUUGCCGACCUCCUGCUCUUCUGAAAGGAAACAACAGCAACUUGACCUGCAUGGAGGAUGGGCUGUGGUCCUUUCCAGAGGCCCUGUGUGAGCUGAUGUGUCGAGCACCCUCCAUCGUCCCUAAUGCAGAUCUCCAGACUACUCGUUGCCGAGAAGAUAAGCACAAAGUGGGCUCAUUUUGCAAAUACAAAUGCAAACCAGGUUACCAUGUCCCUGGAUCCUCCAGAAAAGCAAGAAAGCGAGCCUUUAAGAUCCAGUGCACGCAAGAUGGCACAUGGCUGCCAGGCGCUUGCGUGCCCGUUACCUGCGACCCUCCGCCGUCCAAGUUUCACGGGCUCUACCAGUGCUCCAACGGCUUCCAGUUCAACAGCGAGUGCCGAAUCAAGUGCGAAGAUGAUGACAAUCAGUCGGGCCGUGGAAGCAACGUGAUUCACUGCCGGAAGGAUGGCACCUGGAGCGGCUCCUUUCAUCUCUGCAGGGAAAUGCAGGGCCAGUGCGCACUGCCCACGCAGCUCAACAGCCACCUGAAGCUGCAGUGUGCCGGCGGCUACGGCAUAGGGUCGGAGUGUACCACCUCAUGUCUGGAUCACAGUCACGAGCCCAUCCUCCUGCGCGUGAACGAGACUGUGCAAGACAUCCAGCACUGGAUGAACCCUCAAAGAGUGAAGAGCGUUGUCUGCACGGCGGGACUCAAGUGGUACCCUCACCCUUCCCUGAUUCAUUGUGUCAAAGGCUGCGAGCCUUUCAUGGGGGACAACUACUGUGACUCCAUCAACAACAGAGCCUUCUGCAACUAUGAUGGUGGGGACUGCUGUGCCUCAACAGUCAAGACCAAAAAG